CAGUGACGUCACAGCUAAGUGCCCUCGCCUCUGUAUCGUCGCCAAUCCGUCGCGGAACUUGUCUUUAUCCGGAGCUACCAUGAGCAAGCGGAACCAGGUAUCUUACGUGCGGCCAACCGAACCAGCGUUCCUGGCUCGCUUCAAGGAACGGGUCGGCUACAGGGAGGGGCCCACCGUAGAGACCAAGAAAAUCCAGCCUCAGCUCCCAGAUGAAGACGGGGAUCACAGUGACAAAGAAGAUGAACAGCCUCAAGUGGUGGUUUUGAAAAAGGGAGACCUAUCACUUGAGGAAGUCAUGAAAAUUAAAGCAGAAAUAAAGGCUGCCAGAGCAGAUGAAGAACCAGCUUCAGCUGAUGGAAGAAUUCUAUAUCGAAAACCAGUCAAGCGUCCUUCGAAUGAAAAAUGUUCAGGUUUAACAGCAAGCUCAAAAAAGAAGAAGCCACAUGAAGAUGAAAUAAAUCAGGACUCAGUCAAAAAGAACUCACAAAAGCAAAUAAAAAACAGUAGCCUCCUUUCUUUUGACAAUGAAGAUGAAAAUGAGUAAGUGUAAAUAGUUUGAAUUUGGUCUACUUUGAAAGCAUAUGGGGUGGUUUUUUUUUAAUAACAUUUUUUUCCUGUUAUAAAGAUACUACAAGUUCCAUAUGGAAAAUUUAGGAAAUACAGGAAAAAAAUUAAUAAACUACAUCUAUUCAUCAAUACCCCUCUGACUUAAAAUGCCAACUCUAUAGAAAUUAGCUAGUAUUAUUUUGUUAUUUCCCUUGUAUGGGUGUGUAUAUAUGUAAAUUAUAUUUUUAAGCAAAAUACUUCUUUGUGUGUAAACAAAAUGUUAGAAAUACAGUUGUAUUGCAAAUGUUCUUUGUCCUGCUUCUCACUUGAUAUUACGUUAUGAGUAUUCUUUCAGGUCAGUAAAUUUCAAAGACCUGACAUUAAUAGCUACAAAGAAUUUCAUAAAUAUCUCAUUGUAUCUUUUUCAUUAACAAUAGCUCCACUUUGGGUUGGAGAGAUGGUAAUGUGCCUAGUUAAAAAUACCUCCCCAACUCCUGCUAAGGGUGGCCAUGAGACAGCUCUGGCAAGUUAAGAGAUAGAAGUGGAAUUAUGCUUGAUAAACCUGCUGGGUUUUUUGAUAACAAAAGGACAGACUUGGCAAGCAUGAGCCUUUGCUCUUAUCUCUUCAUCCUACUUUGAGUAGGAAGAUAAAACCUGAGUACCAGAGCCAUUUUUAGGCAUAAGGAAGGCAGCUACAUGCUUCGGGUCAUGUUAGUGAAAAGACUCAGAGCUUAACUCCUUGCUGACAGACCUCAAGGAGCUGCUAACACCAGCUUGAAUUGCUGACCUCUGACUUCUUGAUUCAUGAGAAGAAUAAACACUGUGCUUAAUUAGGCCUCUGUCAGAUUUCUCUUACAUGCAGCCAAAUGCUGUCCUAAGUAAUACAGUAAAUAACUGGUCAAACUGUUACUGGUGGAGGGUGUCCAGGUUCUUGGCAUUUUGGACAAAGAAUUGGACAAAAUGCACAAACAAAGCAAUGAAAAAAAGCACAGAUAUAUUGAAAUGAACGUAUGCUCCACAGAGUGCAGGCUCAAGCAAGUGGCUCAAGAGCACUGGUUACAGAAUUUUCUGGGGUUUAAAUACCCUCUAGAGGUUUGCCAUUGGUUAGUUGGUGUAUACCCUAUGUAAAUGAAGUAGUGGCCCAAGACCUGUCUGAGUGGUUGCAGAAAGUGACCACUCAGAGGCUGAAGUGAAGUUACAAAGUUAUACUCCUGUGUAAAUGAAGACUUGGCCCACAACCAGUCUGAUUGGUUGCAGGAGGGGACCAAUCAGAGGUACUUUCAUUUUUCAUCUGCAACACAAAAAAGGCGAGGGGAUUGCAAAGGGAGUAGCCUCUGAUCCUUUUGUUUCUUAGGUUUGGAGAGGUAGGGCUUUCCUUUUGAUUGACUUCUAGGAAGUCAACACAAAUUGGCCUUAGUCCCUGCCUCCAGACCUUAUUCUCCUGCCUCAUUUUUCCUCUGAGAGAUACGAUCCUCUUAAAUCUUUAUGGGAGGCCAAGAGACAGGGUCUUUCUUCUGUAACUGCUCCAUGCUAACUUGGGAAACAGUCCCUACCUAUUGGAGAUGACAUAACUGUCACCCUGCUCUAUCUAGUGGAGACAGGGUAGCUUCUUGAUGGCUGGUGGUGUCUUCACCUGAAACUGGCUAGAAAUCUUGCCGCUUGAUCGUCUAACGCAGUGGUCUCUAGGCAAAAGGUAAUGGACUUGGUUAAAAGAUUUAACAAACAUGGUCCAAAAACCAAGGCAAGUAUAAUCAUUAAUAAUGGGCUGGCCAAGGGAAGGAGCCAUGAAACCCAACUUAGUGCCCUUCAGGUGCCCCAUGACCCGGACUGCUGUUGUCAUAUUUUGGAGGCCCAGUCAACUAGUUUUCAGGUGGCAUUCCUUAUUAAUCCUGAUUGGUUGACAUCAAAACAGCAUUCUUUUAGGAAAAAGACGUAAGCCACCUUUUUCAGCAGUUAGGAGAUGUAAUCCCCGUCGAUUUUGCAAAGCAACCACUGCCAAGGAGUCCAUCUGAUUUUAUAAGGUGACGAUACUUUGGGCAGUGUCAUCCAAGCUUUCCAUAAAAUCCUUGUACAAGUAUUGGUAAUAGGAUAGGGAAGUUGCAAUCCCUCUAACUCCCAUUCCUACCCCUGCUUUUACUCCCAACCCUUGUGUCUGGUGGUUGCGGUUAAAGGUACAAUAAGGGAUUGGUUGUUGGGAGCUAUAUUAAUUUUGGGACAUACAAUACUUCUGUCUCUAGUCUGCCACUUCCACCAAAGACAAAUCACAGUAGAACCCAUCUAACUUCAAAAUAAGCUUCAGUCCCAUAUACUUGGCCUGAUUACCCACACAAAGUACAACAAGAAUAAUUGUCCAUAUAGACGCUCCUAGAUUGGCUUUGCUGGAACAUUUCACAAGGCCAUUUCGGUCAAAGUCCUGAGAAAGUAACUGGUUUCUUCAAUUGUGUCCUAUUUAUUACAAAAGAAAACGUGGUUACUAACUUGAUACAAAUACAUUACCAAGAUUUAAGAAUAUUCAUAGUUUACAAAUUCUGGAGAAAUUAGAAAUACGACGCAAAUUCUAUUUGUUUACAAAAGUGUACUCAAUACACUUAUAGUUCAAGGCUAUAAAUAGCUCAAAAGAAAAAGAUACUCAGACUCUGAAAAAAAGAAAAGAAUUAGCACUAUUUCAAACAACAAAAGCCAUACAUACAAAUUAUUUCUGUCGUCCAUUAGUUCAUUUCAGCCUAUGUAGUUAACUCCUGCUCUACUUCAUAUUCAUCUUUGUGAACACCUCAGCCUUUCAAUUAGUGCCUUGGAAGUUUUCUGUCUAAUCUAAUGGUACACUCCAAAGUUACCAGAAACCUGCAUUCAAGAGUUCUUUUCAGGAACUCCUCCAAAGAAAUAAGCCUUGGACUGUAACUGAUUGAUUACAAGUCACUUUUUUUUUUUUGAGAAGGAUCAAAGCAAAACAUCAAUUAUGAAUGACAAAAGUCUUAAGACAUCCAUAUAAAGACACGGUUAACAAGUUCGGUUAUUUCUGUGGCGUAUAACAACUUAACAUAAUCAUAAUUAUUGCAGGUAUUAAGACAUAUCAGAAUUUUAGAAAUUUCAUCAAUCUUCGAACACAUGUUAACAACAAAUCUAUAUCAAUAUAACUCAAAGGAAGCUAAACACCACCUCAGACUUGACAAUCUUUCCUGUGUAAUUCUAACAUUACAAAUAAGCCUAAUAUGUCACUUGGACUUCAGGGUGCCUAAAAUCCAAAAAGUUAGUUUAAGGUCAAAAAGACUGAAUUUAGAACUUGAAGUUUUAUCAUUGGAAAGUCUGUGAGAUUUCAAAGAUUUCAUAUACUCGAUACUACAAAAUAGGAUCAUAAGUUAAUAUAAAAUUGUCAUUUAGGUAAACGGUUAUAUUUCUAGUAAAAAAAAAUUGUCAUUUAGGUAGCCAAAAUUAUAAUGCAAAAACAUUUACUCUUUGAUAGAGAGAAAACUCAGUUAACCUAACACUUAAGAAAGACAGCAUGAGGCCAACUAAAUCUGUCUGUUCCCCUCCAUUUUCUCCCUGCAGUUUACUCAAAAGGUAAACAAAAUAUUUUAUCUCUUAAUACUACACAAACAUUUUGUUCAAGAGAGAAAACCAGAGCUUACCUUUGUAUGGUAUAUUAUUAAUGUGAAUGCUAAUUUUAAUAAAACCUUACAAACAAAUCUA